GCCUCAGCUUCCCGAGCGAGCCCUGCGGCCGCCGGAGCAGCUCCCGCGGCGGAGCAGGAGCCGGAUGGUCAGAGGAGCCCGGCAGCCCCAGCAGCCGCGGAGUCGCCUGGCCCCCAGACUGACUGGCACAGUGGAGAAACCACCUCGAAAACGGAAAAGCAGGACUGAAUUUGCGCUUAAAGAAAUCAUGUCCUCUGGAGGUGUUGAAGAUGAUAUCCCACAGGGAGAGAGGAAAACAGUUACAGAUUUUUGUUACCUUCUGGAUAAGUCUAAGCAACUGUUCAAUGGAUUAAGAGAUUUGCCACAAUAUGGGCAGAAGCAGUGGCAGUCCUAUUUUGGAAGAACUUUCGAUGUUUACACCAAACUCUGGAAAUUUCAGCAGCAGCAUCGACAAGUCUUGGAUAAUCGGUAUGGCUUGAAGCGGUGGCAAAUAGGGGAAAUUGCUUCUAAGAUUGGGCAGCUAUACUACCAUUAUUACCUACGCACAUCUGAGACCAGCUAUCUGAAUGAAGCUUUCUCCUUCUAUUCUGCAAUCAGACAGAGAUCAUAUUAUUCUCAAGUCAAUAAAGAGGACAGACCUGAGUUGGUCGUUAAGAAGCUACGAUACUACGCAAGGUUUAUUGUAGUUUGUCUUCUGCUCAACAAAAUGGAUGUUGUGAAGGAUUUGGUGAAGGAAUUGUCAGAUGAAAUUGAAGACUAUACUCACCGCUUUAAUACAGAAGAUCAAGUGGAGUGGAACCUGGUGCUUCAAGAAGUAGCAGCUUUCAUUGAGGCGGACCCUGUGAUGGUACUGAAUGAUGACAAUACCAUUGUUAUCACAUCUAAUCGCCUCGCUGAAACAGGAGCCCCGUUGCUGGAACAGGGCAUGAUUGUGGGACAGUUGUCUCUGGCUGACGCACUCAUUAUUGGUAAUUGCAAUAACCAGGUUAAGUUUAGUGAACUAACUGUGGACAUGUUCCGGAUGUUACAAGCCCUGGAAAGGGAGCCAAUGAACUUAGCCUCCCAGAUGAAUAAACCAGGAAUGCAGGAAUCGGCUGAUAAGCCUACCAGACGAGAAAACCCCCACAAGUAUCUGCUCUACAAACCAACCUUCAGUCAACUAUACACAUUCUUAGCAGCAUCUUUUAAGGAGCUGCCCGCCAAUAGUGUGCUUCUGAUUUACCUGUCAGCCACUGGCGUCUUCCCCACAGGUCGUGCUGAUAGUGAAGGUCCUUAUGAUUUUGGAGGGGUACUUACUAAUAGUAACCGAGAUAUUAUAAAUGGAGAUGCCAUCCACAAACGAAAUCAGUCCCACAAGGAAAUGCACUGCCUUCAUCCCGGAGACCUCUACCCUUUCACAAGGAAGCCCCUGUUUAUUAUAGUGGAUUCGUCCAACAGUGUCGCAUACAAGAAUUUCACAAACUUAUUUGGACAGCCACUAGUCUGCUUGCUUUCUCCUACAGCAUAUCCAAAAGCUUUACAAGAUCAAUCUCAACGAGGUAGCCUCUUCACUCUCUUUUUGAACAAUCCUCUAAUGGCCUUCCUAUUUGUCUCUGGAUUGUCAAGCAUGCGCAGAGGCCUAUGGGAAAAGUGUCAAGAAUAUCUUCGAAAAAUCAACCGUGAUAUUGCCCAGCUACUGACCCAUUCACGUUCAAUAGAUCAAGCAUUUCUCCAGUUUUUUGGAGAUGAGUUUCUUCGCUUGCUUCUCACAAGAUUUAUCUUUUGUUCAGCCACCAUGAGGAUGCACAAGAUUUUUCGGGAAACACGAAACUAUCCAGAAUCAUAUCCACAACUGCCAAGGGAUGAAACAGUGGAGAACCCUCAUCUCCAGAAGCACAUUCUGGAAUUAGCAUCCAUUCUGGAUGUUCGAAACGUGUUCCUCGAGAGUACCAUAGAUGACUAUUAAAACAAAAUCCUCUUGUUGAAACAAUUUUUCAUUUGCCACAGAUUUUACAUGGUGCAGUUUUCUAAUGUGAUGACCAAGACACAUAGUGGUGUUACUUAGUUUUAAUUUUUUAAUUUAAGGCCACCAUUUUAAAAACAAACUGAAAAAAUUGUUCAAACUUUUAGGGUAACUGUUUUAAAAUACAGUCUUUCAAGUCUUUUAAAAAACUCAAUUAAUCUUGGAAUUUUUACUUUUUGGUUUUGAGGUAUGGCUACUUACCUCCAGCAUCUGUCCCUAUACACAGAUAGUCACUGUUCUCACCCUCAGAAGACUAAAUCAUUUAUUUUUAUAUAAUGAGGAAAAUCCAACUCUUAUACUUGGACCUUAAAUGUGUGGAUUUAGAAAAUUUAUCAUUGUUCACAAAGAUGAAACUAGCCAGCAUGGACUAUUAAAAAUCAACAGGCUUUCCAUGAUAUUUCUUUUCAUUCCAACUUAGUAGGUAGACAAAUGUGUGAUCCUUUGAAGCAUAAUCAAGACAUUUUAAAAAAAUUAUUUAACUCAUUAAAUACUGUCAUAAUUUCAGAAACUGUAUAGGAUUGAUUUGCAUUUGAAAGUUAAAUCUUUAAUUGAAGUCUUUAAGAUGAUAAAUAUCACUUGGAAUGUGUGAGCCCUGUGUUAUCAUGAGAUACGCUGGCAUAUUUUGCUUUCUUUAUAAUCUGAAUGCUGGAAAUGAAAAAAAAAAGACUUUUAAGUAUUUCAGUCAAAAAAUCAGAUUGUUAGUUUCAUAAUACAAUGUUUCCACAAGGAAUUCUAUUUAAACUCUUAAUUCAUGAUGUCAAGUUUGAAGACUAUCCAGAUUGAAGGCUGUGGCAUAUAGUACAGCGAUUAUAAUCUUUUUGCCUAGUUCACGUUUAUGAGACGUCAGAGUCAGAGAUGUUAUUAAUUUUAGUCAGGUGUAACUGAAUUGUUAUUUAACCUAAAAUGGAAGUAACUUUUGCAUUGACAAUUUGGAAAUAAGAUUUUUUUAACUCCUUAUAUUUAACAUUUUAUAUUCAUGCACAAGUUUUUUUUAUUAUUUUAAAUAGGACUCCAUAUAUAAUACAAAGUUUUUUGUGUUUUUCUUCUCUGUCAUCCGCUUCAUAAUUUCAUAAGCAUUUGUUAUGAUGCUUUGGGUUUUUCCCUCUUCUUUAGACUCCAAGGCAUUCAAGUUCAGAAAUCUAUGAACCAAAAGCCCUUCUACCUAAUACUCUGUACAGGCUCACAUUCUACCUCUGGUGGUCCCAGGGGAAAUAAGGUGAUUGCUUUUGGUGCCUCUUUCCUGUGUCCAUAGGGAAAUUUACUGUAACAUUUUUACUUUGGUUUUCAUUUCGGGCAUAGGGUAUUAUUUGGGUCUAAGUUAUUCAUAUACCUGUUCCAAUUUGCUGAUUUUUCAUCUGAAGUCUUGAAAUUACUGUUCUUGGAUUUAGGGGUCUUCGUGGCAUUUCAUUCAUUCUUUUCUUCAUUGUUUUUGUUUGUUCUUUUAAACAUUAUUUCAGAAAGCUUUAGAAGACUUGUGCUGGAGUGAGAUUUUUUUUGCCUGAUGGGCUUUUCUUUAUCAGAUAAAGACUGCUUUUCUUUUUCUUGAUAUCUUUAUAAACUUAAUGGCUUUCCUUUCAUAACCACGUUCACCUGGGUUACAGCAAUAGGCUGACCUCUUGUUUCAGUCCCCUUGAAUUUCUCUGCCAGUAAUGUACCUGACCUCACGUAUUUUCCUCUCCCCUGAUGCUUAAAAUAAUAUUUAUCUUCCUGAGCUUUAUUCUCACCUGUUUAGCCUAAAGAACACUGGUCUGAGAACUAGGAGACCUGAGUUGUAAUCCUGCCUUUCUUGGUAACUAGCUUUAUGCCCUUUGACAAGUGUCUUCAUGUUUCUGUUUUAUUAUAUUCUCAUCUGUAAAAUGAAGGCAUUAGCCCAAGGUCCUGUCCAGUUGUAUGGUUCUAUCAUUGCAAUCUUGAUUUCCCACCCCCUGCCACCUGGAAAACCAGUUCCUCUGAGUUUAGCAUAGACAUUUUCUUUUCUAAGUCAUAUUUAAUUUGUUAUUGUCCACAAAUAUAUCUGAGUCUCAGUUAUUUAGAAGCUAAUCAGGUGAAGAAAUUCAAGCUUUUGUGGUUAGAAACAUGUUUGUCCAAGAACAAGGGGUCUUAGAAAUCACAAGGAGGGUUUAGAUGAUGACAUUGUUCCUUGAGCUGAUAGUAGUAUAAUUUCUUUUUGGUAGUUAAAAAUCUAAAGUGAACCAAAGCGAUCUUGAAUCUUUAAGAAAGGAAAACUGUGCUAGAAAAUUCUAAACCAUUGUUUCAUUCAUGCCUUCAGAAUGUGCACUGAACAACUAUACUCCAGAUUUUGUUCCCAUACAUUGGGAAAGCAAAUGAAUCGGACGUAAAAAUCCUUGUCUUCAUGAAGCUUAUAUUUUAGUAGGAGGAGUCAGGCCAUAAGCAUAAUAAGAAAAUUUGUUACAGAGUUGUAAGUUGUAUGAAGAAAGUUUAGAACAUGGUAAGGGAAAUGUUUUCAUUGUUUUGGGGUGAAGAACAGUGUGUAAGUGAGUGAUCAGGGUAGGCCCUAUUGAGGAGACUACAUUUGUGCAAACUCUUCAUGUUCCUUUCUUUUUUUUUUUUUUUUUUUACUUUUUAUUAUGAAAAUUUUAAGCAUGUGUAGCACUUAAUGAACUAUCCUGUAUCCAUCACCGAGCUUCUACAUUUUAAGACAUUACUUUAAGCAAGAAGAAAGACAUGUAAAAGGACAAUCACUCAUGGGCAUUAGCAAAGAAUCUCUUUUUUCAAUGCAUACCACUCUUCUUUAUAUAUCUAAAAAUAUUAAGCCCCUUAUUUAUUUAAUUUUAGAAUUCAUAGAAAUUUAAACAUUGGAACUAAAAACAAAGCAAGGCAAUGGGGAAAAGCACUUCUUUGUUUUCAAAUUGCACAACCUCCCCCUGGAGAUUCUGAUACAGUCUCUCGCCUCCCUUAAGAAUCACUGCAAACAGAACAAGGUAUAGGAUUGCAAGAAGUCCCUUACACACAAAACAGUGUUAAGCACAAUUGGAUUAUUUUCUCUUUGUUCACCCGUGUAUUUCUGAAGUUGGUAAAGCAGCUAUUUUCCCUGUUUUUCAGAAGAGAAAGCUCCGACCCCAAAACACUGUACAUUUAUUUGUAGUGGCAGAGCUAGAACUAAAACUCCCAUCUCCUAACCUCAGCCCAGUAUUUCUGGUAGCUCAGGUUGCUUUCUAUAAUGAACAGGAAAGGAAUAAUUAGAAAUUUCUAUUUUGGCACAAAAGGUUAGGGUAUUUUUAAAGUAGAUCAAAUAUUGAAACCAGGAAAUCAGUCAGCCCAGCAAAUUUUUAUUUAUUAAUUUUAAGAAAUCCCCGAGUCAGACACUUUAACCUUUAUUCCAGCCAGGAUAUAUUUUUUGUAUAUGUGUGUGUGUUUUCCUCCUAGGAAGUGGUGCUCUCAAAACCCCUCAAAGCACAGAGAAUUUAUUGUACCCUUUAUAUUUUCACCAAGUUGAAGUGUUUUGAAAUUAUAAAAGCAAAGUGCAAUCUAGUCAUGACUGAAAUUUUCCUGAUACAGGAUCUGGGUUUAUUUUUUAUUUACUUGUGGCUAUUGCCCUUUAUUUCUUCUUGUAAUAGAAUUCGCUGAAAUAGAUUAGGUGGCAGUUGUACUGAAUCCCAUUGAGGAAAACAGAAAAGCAUCCAAUCUGAUUUAUGUGUCAAUUUGUGGUGCUUUCUUUAGCAUUCUUCUCCCAAGUUUAAUCUCUGACCUGUGUGACUUCGUAAUUUUCUGUCUCUUAAAAGGGGUUUGGACUCAGUUGAAAGAUCUUGUACUUAGUUAUCCAUGAAGUCUUGUAAUCAGCCUGAUAUAUAGAGAAUAUUCUGGAGUGGAAAUAGAGUAAGGUGCCAAGGGUCAGCAAUCGUGGCUACUGCCAGUGAUUCAGAACCACCUCCCUACCCUAAGUGAGUAAAGAGAUUUGAUAUGAAUAUGAAUGGUAUGAAUCUCGGUGAUAUUUUAGAUGUAUGUGUUCCUGUGUGUGUUUGGAGAGUAUAAAGGGUAUUUACACGGAGGGCUCUUUUGUUGACCUUAUUUAUUUGAAAAUCUUAUUUUAUUUGUGAUCGCAUGUGUAUAUUUUUGUGAUGCUAAAUGCAAUCUCUGUGUAUACUUCUUUUGUAUAUAUGUACAUAUUUGUAAAUAUAUUGGUAUGCAGUAUGUGUAUAUUAUAUACCCAUACCUACUGUGGGCUGAAUUUAUUUGAGUUCUGUGAGGACAUCAUGGCGGCAUUGGCCGUGCAGCUGUAAUUAGGUUGUGGCUGUGUCUCAUUCAUGAGCCUCUGUUCUGAGGGGCUUGUGUUUGGGAAAAAUUGGCUAAUUUGAAGUUGGAAUUAGGAUGUGAAAAUAUUAACAGAAAGCAGGAUAUUCUUAGCUUUAAAAUCAUCUGCCAAUUUCCACGUAAAUGGACGAGAAAUUAGUGAUAUAAGCCUGAAAACCCUUAGUGUGUGAGACUGGGACACCAGCGGGUUCUUAAGGUCUGUUAGUCCUUUAUUUUCUUGACCCUUAGUUGAGUAGUAGUAUUGAAUAGUAUUUAUACUGAGAACUAAGGGGCUGUGGAAGAAGUUACUUUGAUCACAUUUCAAAACAGAUAGGAAAAUGUCCAUUAAGUAGAGAAAUCUUUUGGUAGUUGCCAUGUCAAUACCUGAUACUAAGUUUUAAUUUUGGAACUGUGUUUUUCUCCGAUGUGUCUCGUUUUAUAGCUGUCUCUGUGAGGCAGGAAAAGGGGCAUCAGCAGAGGAAAGCUGUACCUAGGUGGGGUCAGAUUUAAUAAGGAACAGGAGAUGAUUAAUCUGUAUAUUUGCAGCCGCUGUGAUGAAUUUAGUCCUGUCUUGGUGUUUCAGACUACAGAUUUUUCUUAUCGGAGUCACAUAUCAAAGAUGAGUAGGUUCAUCUGAGGAAAUGCUUCUAGUGAAUAAAAUGCCUCCAGUUGCAUUUCUUUGUCUCUAUGAGACCACUUGUGUUCUGCAAAUUGAUGAUAUAUUCACACAUGAAAUAGAAUUCUUAAUAUUAGGUGCAUGGUGUGCUAUCAAGUCUGGGCCUCCGAACCUCUGCCAAGGAUGAUGGGCGGGGGAGGAUAUUCUCUUAGAGGACAGUGACUAUGUGCAGUGCCAGUGUAUGUACACAGAAUAUCUCAGAGUCUCAGUGUUUGGUUACUCCUGUUUCCACCUGGCACGUGUAUUUGCACGGACGAGGGUAGGAGAUGUAUAGUAAACGCUAGAACACAUUCACGAAAAAAUUAAGUAGAGGUUAUUUUUGCAUGAUAAAAUAUAACUGCAAAACAACUGUUUACCCCAUUAUUUUUCAGACGAUUACAUCUGUGUGAUAGAAUAUUAAGUUAGUCAGAAGUCGGUUUUACCACCCAACAAAUGUUUAUUUGCCUCUUCAUUGUAUUUUUAAUAAGAAGCCAGCUAUUCAUUAACACCUCUCAGUUACAGUAUUAAAUUUUUUAAAAAGUUGUAAUUGCCUUUUUGGUAAGUAAAUAUGAAAAUUUGGUAAUGUACUAUUUCUGAAAAAUCAGUGAAAAUGUCUGUAGUAUGUGACAUUCUGUUGUUUUAGUAACAAAUCAUUCGUUGCCAUCGGAGAGUAGCCCAGCAGAUGUUACGCUGUUUAAAAUUCCUAGAACUGACUCAGGCUCAGUAUGGACAUUAGUUGGAGGAAAGGAGUAGCAGUAAGAAGUGAGAUUGACAUUGUGAAUAUGACUUCUCUCUCUAACAGUUGCAAAGUCAAUUACUUUGCAGUUAAAUGAGGUAAGAAUUGCUUAGAAAACCAAACCUUUCCCCCAUUCUGUACUUUAUUUCUUUUUGUGCUGCACCUCCCAGUCGUUCCUGAACACUGUGACCCCUUUACCUUACAAUAAAUAAAUAAAUCAGGCAAUUCAUCUUCCUCAAACUAAAAUUUCAGAACAUGGUAUUACACUGUGUUCCAGCUUCACUGAGUUUUUGAACAGAAACUUAUUAAGCAUGCCUUGUGUUUAAGGAAAAAUAAUUGAUGUGUGAAUGGACUCAAUCACCUAUUGAAGGGAAGGGUGUCAGGUUAAUGUAGGGGGACAUACCCUUAAAUUGGGUAAAGAUACAUGUAUUAAAUUAAGUGUAACUGACUUGUUGGUGCCAUAGAAACAUUUCCUUUGGAAGUCUGUAAAUAUGAAAUGUUUUCUUAAGCUAAAAUUGGUAUUUUUCACUUAUUAGUUUGGUGUAACUUUUGAGAAUUCCAUUUCUGUAUAAUAUUGUUAAUCACAGAAGCACCAUUUUUUAAUUUAAAAAAUAUUUUUAAAUUUCUUUCAUGUUUUCUUUAAAUGUUA